AUGUCUUUCAUCACAUCAAUAACCUCUUCUCGCGCUGGGCUGCAGUUCCCUGUCGGCCGUGUCCACAGGCUACUUCGCAAAGGAAACUAUGCUCAGCGCGUUGGCGCCGGAGCUCCCGUCUACUUGGCGGCUGUUCUGGAGUAUCUGACCGCUGAGAUUUUGGAGUUGGCCGGAAACGCUGCUCGCGACAACAAGAAGACCAGAAUCAUUCCCCGUCACUUGCAGCUGGCUGUCCGCAACGACGAGGAGCUGAAUAAGUUGCUAGGUGGAGUGACCAUCGCUCAGGGAGGAGUGCUGCCUAACAUCCAGGCAGUUCUACUGCCCAAGAAGACCGAGAAACCCGCCAAGGCUAAAUAA